GGCACGUAUGGAAUAUGGAGUGUGAUAACUAUAUGCGCUGACUACUUUAUCUGUGGAGCCGGUGACGGGGUAUAAGGGUGGGCGCUGUCCUGAAUGACGGAAACCGGGGAAACUUGCGUGAUAUGCGGUACAUUGGCCAGGCCACGUUAUAUUGCUAUAAAUGAAGGAGAACAUAUGAUGAAAAGGCUGCAGAGGUCCUUGUGCUUGAGGGCUGGAAUAUAUAUUCUAAGACAGGAUCUGAAGAUGCAAUAGACAAGGAACAAACUAAAGAAGAAAAUGGAGAAAGCUACUGCCCCCUCCAUUCAGCUGGAGAAACUAACAUCGACCACUGCGGGAACACCUACUGGAUAUCACUUCUCAUACAAGGAUAAUCUUAUUGGAUCUCUACUGGCUAUAUUCGGACAUCUUAUUAUUAGUAUUGGACUCAACUUACAGAAAUACAGCCAUGUGCGACUGGCAGGAUCCAAAGACUCUCGGUCAUACUUCAAGACGAAGACAUGGUGGCUUGGUCUUUUCCUGAUAAUAUUGGGCGAGAUAGCGGUAUUUUCAUCAUAUGCCUUUGCUCCUUUGUCUCUUAUUGUGCCCCUCAGUGCUGUCUCUCUCAUAGCAAGCUCAAUUAUAGGCAUUAUAUUUAUUAAAGAAAAAUGGAAACCAAAGGAAUUUCUAAGACGUUAUGUCUUGUCCUUUAUAGGUUGUGGCUUAGCGGUCAUUGGCACGUAUCUGCUGAUUACGUUUGGACCUAACGGCCAUGAGAAGAUGACUGGAGAUAACAUCGUUAGACACUUGGUAGGCUGGCCGUUCUUGCUAUACUUGCUGGUGACGAUCCUUGCUUUCUGUUUCCUGCUCUAUUACUACAAACAGAAGAAUGCUAACUAUUUGCUCAUCAUAUUAACCCUGGUUGCAUUGUUGGGGUCUAUAACCGUUAUCACAGUGAAAGCACUCGCUGGGAUGAUCAUUGUCUCUAUACAAGACACCAUGCAGCUCGGAUAUCCAAUUUUUUACAUCAUGUUUGUGACUAUGGUUGCUACUUCUAUUGCACAAGCAUCAUUUCUUUCCGAAGCAUCCGAGUUAUAUGAUUCUGCCCUGAUUGCAAGUGUUAAUUACAUCGUGUCUACAAGUCUUGCUAUAUCUGCAGGAGCAGUAUUCUACGUUGACUUCCGGAACGAAGAUGCGCUGCAUAUCUGCAUGUUUGCUUUAGGGUGCCUUAUUGCGUUUUUGGGAGUCUUCUUUAUCACAAGGAGCAGAAAGAAGACAAAAGCAUUUGAACCUUAUGUUACCAUUAGUUCUAUGCCAGGGGUGAACAACAUGCACGAUGAUGGUAGCACAAUCCAACCUGAUUUUGGAAGCUCGUUUUCCUAUGGAGCCUUGCAAAGCAAUGACAGUUUGUCAGAACUCUAUACGGCAGCCACUCUUCCUGUUGUAUCAGAAGAAGCAUCACCGGCACAGUCUUAUAGGGUCUUGGAACACAAUAAGAGUGAAUAGGCUUCAUUACCUAAAAGACUGGACAAAAAUGUACUACUGUAUAAAUGAGGCCUUUCUCUUGUCCCCCGUGUAUAUACAGAAUGUCAACCCUCAUGUCAGAUACUCGGCUUAUUUUUAUUUCUCACAUUGGAAGUCGUCGCUACGUGGCAGGUUGUGAGUUCUGUUUAGCUCUACCUCGUGGAUUGUUUCCAAUGAAAUCGUCUUACCUACUUUGAUUAGGGUACUUCACACUUGUGGCAGAGUGAUCCGGCAAGCAGUUCCGUCGCCGCAAUCUGCAUGCAAACGGAAAGCAUUUGUAGACGGAUCCGGAUCCGUCUUAAAAAUGCAUUGCAAGAACGGAUCCGUCUCU